CGCACUUCCAAACUUUGAGAACGUUCGUCGUACACAAACCCAAAAACCACAAUCAACAUGAAAUUCCUCAUCUGCUUGGCUCUCUUCAUCGCCGCUGCCCAGGCUCAUGUUGUGGCCCCCGCCGUGGCCACCUAUGCCGCUGCUCCUGCCCUGACUUACGCCGCAGCCGCUCCUGUGGCCACCUACUCCGCCGCCAUCCCCCGCGCCUACUCCGCCUACGCCGCUCCCUCCGUCUACGCCGCUCCUUCCGUUUACUCCGCCCCCUCGGUCUACUCCGCCUCCUAUGUGGCCUCGCCCUCCGUCUACUCCGCCUACGCCGCCCCCGCCGUCGUCUCCACUCUGCUCAAGAAGUAA